AUGCUAUCCUCAAGCCUUAGACUCAAAAGUGGGAGUUUGCUGAUAUCGAAGCGUUUAUAUGCUUCAAAUGCAACAACAGCGACACCUCCCCACAUUGAAAUGACUACAUUAAAUAAUGGACUUCGGCUUGUUACCGAUUCUACCCCGGGGCAUUUCAGUGCCUUGGGAGCGUUUGUUGAUGGAGGUUCUCGAUACGAAGACCCAACUAAGCCAGGUCUUUCACACAUUCAAGAUAGACUAGCUUGGAAGUCAACUGAAAAAUACACCGGACUGCAAAUGUUGGAGAAUCUACGCAUGUUGGGAGGCAAUUAUAUGGGUUCAGCUCAAAGAGAAUCGUUAAUAUUUCAAGCAAGUGUCUUUAAUAAGGAUGUUGGCCUGAUGUUGGACCUCAUCGCUCAAACCAUACGAAGCCCCAAGAUUACCGACCAAGAAUUGCUUGAAGUGUUGCAAACUGUGGAUUACGAAGUACAAGAACUAGAGCACAAACACGAAUUAAACCUUCCAGAAGAGCUACACGGUGUGGCUUAUAAGAAUAACACUUUGGGGAACCCAUUAUUCAUUCCAAAAGAGAGAAUUCCAUUGAUUGAAAAAUCGGAUGUUCUCGCAUAUCACACUAAAUUUUUCCAGCCACACAAUAUAGUCAUUGCCAUGGUUGGCGUGCCACAUGAGGAAGCAUUAAAGCUAGUCAUGAACAAUUUUGGAGACUGGAAGUCGGAGGUUGCCAAACCAGACCGCGGAGUUGUCAACUAUACUGGUGGUGAAGUUGCACUUCCUCAUAGAAAGCCAUUUUAUGCUAACUUGCCUGAAUUGUAUCAUAUGCAAAUAGGUUUUGAAACCACGGGAUUGUUGGAUGACGACUUGUAUGCUUUGGCAACUUUGCAAAAACUCCUUGGUGGCGGAUCAUCAUUCUCUGCUGGUGGACCAGGUAAAGGUAUGUUUUCGAGACUCUAUACUCAAGUUUUGAAUAAGUAUCCAUUUGUUGAAAAUUGUAUGUGCUUCAAUCACUCAUACCUCGACUCGGGAAUAUUUGGAAUAACAGUGAGUGUAGUCCCCGAGGCGGGCCACUUGUCGUCACAAAUAAUUAGCAAUGAGCUAGCACAGCUUCUUGAAGAAAGCGUGUCUUCUGGAGGCAUGAAUGAAAAAGAAGUGAAGAGAGCUAAAAACCAGUUGACAAGUUCAGUGCUCAUGAAUGUCGAAAGUAGGUUAGCAAAGUUGGAGGACUUGGGUAGACAAAUUCAAUGCCAGGGUAAGAUCACCACAAUCGACGAGAUGGUUGAAAAAAUUAAUAGGGUUUCUAUGAAGGAUUUGAGAAGCGUGGCAGAGAAGGUUUUUACCGGAAACGUCAAGACCUCAGGUACUAGCACAGGAAUGCCGUCGGUAGUGAUGCAAGGUGAGCGUGAAGCAUUUGGGGAUGUUGAAUUCAUUCUUCGGAAAUAUGGUCUCGGUAAAUACACCGGGCCCGAAAUCACCGAGCCAAGAGACUUUUCGGCUAAAAAAAGCCGCUGGUUUUAA